UUAAUUUUUUUUUUUUUUUUUUUUAAAUUUAUUUUUAUUUUUUUCACAUUUCGGUGAAGGCGAUCAUGGGGCUCUGGACGUGGAGGUACUACCUCGGAGUUCUGGUCAUUGCGUGCAAGGUGAACGUGCCCCGCGCCGUCAUCCUGGAGUCCGUCUACUGGAACUCCACCAACAGCAAAUUUCUCCCUGGACAAGGGUUGGUCUUAUAUCCCCAGAUCGGAGACAAGAUGGACAUCGUGUGCCCGCGUGUGGACGGCGAAUCGGGGCAGGGUGCGGAGCUGUACAAACUGUACAUGGUCCAGCGUGCGCAGUUUGAAUCGUGCACCAUCACCAAGGCAGACACUCCGCUGCUGAACUGUGUGAAGCCGGACCAAGACGUCAAGUUCACGCUGAAGUUUCAGGAGUUCAGCCCCAACCUGUGGGGCCUGGAGUUUUUCCGAGGAAGAGACUACUACAUUAUCUCCACAUCUAACGGCACCCUGGAGGGGCUGGAGAACCAGGAGGGAGGUGUGUGUAAGACCAAAUCCAUGAAGAUUAUUAUGAAAGUGGGCCAAAGUGCCAAUGAUCCAUUAUCGCCCAAAGAUUAUCCUACUCGGCAUCCACCCAAGCACCGCCAGGGGUUGGGGAAGGACAAUCCCAGAAAAACAAACAAUUCAAUGGACAAACAUGAUGCCUCGCAACGGGAAGCUGAGACCAGUGGGAAGGGCGGGAAGUCGCCUACCGUCAUCGGAUCAGAGGUGGCACUUUUUGUAGGCAUCGCAUCCGGUAGUGUGAUCUUCAUUGUCAUCAUCGUCAUGCUGGUGUUGCUGUUGCUAAAGUACCGGCGGCGGCACCGCAAGCACUCUGCCCAGCACGCGGCCACUCUGUCCCUCAGCUCCCUUGCCACGCCCAAGAGAGGCAGCGGUGGCAACAACAAUGGCUCAGAGCCCAGUGACAUCAUCAUCCCUCUCAGAACUGCUGACAGCGUCUUUUGCCCGCACUACGAGAAAGUGAGCGGGGACUACGGCCACCCUGUCUACAUUGUGCAGGAGAUGCCCCCCCAGAGCCCUGCCAACAUCUACUACAAGGUGUGAGUGCUGGAAUCAUUGUCAGUGUUGUUUGUCUGCUUUUAGUAUUGUAAUAUUAUAAGUAUAAAAAUUCUGGAAACCUUGCACUCCCGGGUUGGGGCUCCACGCUGUAGCUCCUUGUGCGCACCCUGAGACUGCAUGACGUCACGCCUGGCCGGAGAAGAAGCGUUGCGAGGAGCUUUGGAUGAACAGAGCAAAGAAAGGACACUGCAGUAGAGACUGGACCAAAUUCUGGAUGAGCUGCUCACUCUGGGAUUACCAACGACAGUCGUUUCUUGCCCUGGAAAGGAAAUAAAGAGGGACAAAAUGACCUCGUUAAUAAUGGCCAAUAAUGCGUAAAUAUAGCUGAUAUUUUCAGAAAGUUUCGGGGGUUCAAAAUGAGGGGAGGAAAUGUUAAUGGAGAGAAAUUCCUAGACAUUGAUGAAGGCUACCUGAAGCAGGACAUAACCCACCCGCCCAUUUAGUCUUUAUCAGCCUCAAGUUCCAUUUUCCUUUAUUGUCUGUCGCCUAUUUUUAGCAUAAUGAUUCUCAAUGUUUUCGC